AUGCACCACCUCUGUGGGCCGCGCCGAAGAGGCCGAGUGCAGGACCUGCGGGGUCGGCGGCAGGUCACAAGGUCAAGGCUGCCCCUCCGUCCGCUCCGCACCUCGGCCUCGCGGGCUCCCUCCCUCCCGCAGGCGUCACCGGCCCUGGACAGCACAAGAGGAAGGAAGCGGUUCCCCGGUCCCACCCCCAGGCUGCCUUUCUCCGGUGCCCGCCUCCUCUCGCGCCGCCAACGCGGCUUCUGGAGGGUCCACGCCGCCUGCCCGCGCCAGGGGUUGAACCCGGCUCUCACCCUGGAAGGCAUCCGGAGCCGCGGGUGGGGCGCGACCGGGAAAUCCAGGAACGCUGGAGGGGCGCAGGAGCGGACGGAGGUGCCGCAGGAGGCGCCCGGGGCCUGGCCGCGCCGGUCGGGCCGGGGACGCGGUGGAGGGGAGGGACCAGCGGCGCCAGGUUGGGCCGUCGGGUCCGCCCCCCUCGCCCUGGAACCUCGCCGGGAGGGGAGCGGCGGGGAGGAGAGCGGGACCCGCCGGUCGUCAGAUCCCGGGACCGCCCUCUCGCGCUCCAGGGCGGGAGGCGAGCGCCUAAGAAGGCUGGAGCCGCCGCGGCAGCAUGAGAGCGGGCGCCGGCGCUCCACGCUCGCGGCCGCGCGGCGGGCGGCGGCGGCGGCUCUGCCCGCGCUCGCCAUGCGCGCGCGCUGGGGCCGGCGGGGCUCCCGGCGCGGAGGUCUGGGGCUGCCCGGCACCCACUUGGCGCUGCUGGCCGCCAGCCUGCUGUCCACCACCCUGGCCAUCUACGUUUGCUGGAAGCAGCUGCCGCCUCUGCCCUGGGGCUCCCCCAGCCCGCCGCGGCCGGUGAACGUGCUGCUGUGGUGGGAGCCCUUCAGGGGCCGACACAACCCCCGCAGGCCGCCCCCCGACUGCCAGCGGCGCUUCAACAUCAGCGGCUGCGUCCUGCACACAGAUCGCGCGGCCUACGGGGAGGCCCAGGCGGUGCUCUUCCACCACCGAGACUUGGUGAAGGGACCCCCGGACUGGCCCCCGCCUUGGGGCGUCCAGAUGCCCCCGGCGGAGGAGCAGAAAGGGCUGGUGAUGGACGACGUGGGGCAAGAGGAUGAGGCCGAAACCCUGGGCGCCUUGGGCCCCCGGCCCCCGGGCCAGCGCUGGGUGUGGAUGAACUUCGAGUCGCCCUCCCACUCCCCAGGGUUGCAGGGCCUGGCAGGUAACAUCUUCAACUGGACGCUCUCCUACAGGGCCGACUCGGACAUCUUCGUGCCUUACGGCUACCUCUACCCCAGGACCCAUCCCAGCGAGCAGCCGCCGGGGCUGGUCCCCCCGUUGGCCCGCAAGCAGGGGCUGGUGGCCUGGGUGGUGAGCAACUGGGACGAGCGCCAGGCGCGCGUGCGCUACUACCGCCAGCUGAGUCAGUACGUGACCGUGGACGUGUUCGGCAAGGCCGGGCCCGGGCAGCCGCUGCCCGACGCGGAGCUAGUGCACACGGUGGCCCGCUACAAGUUCUACCUGGCCUUCGAGAACUCGCAGCACCUGGAUUAUAUCACCGAGAAGCUGUGGCGCAACGCCUUCCUGGCGGGGGCCGUGCCGGUCGUGCUGGGCCCCAACCGUACCAAUUACGAGCGCUUCGUGCCCUCCAAUGCCUUCAUCCACGUGGACGAUUUCCCUUCUGCCUCCUCCUUGGCCGCCUACCUGCAGUUCCUGGACCGCAACCCAGCUGUCUAUCGCGGCUACUUCAGGUGGCGCCGGAGCCAUGCUGUGCAUGUCACCUCCUUCUGGGACGAGCCCUGGUGCCUGGCCUGCCAGGCUGUGCAGAAGGCUGGGGACCAACGCAAGAGCGUCCCCAACUUGGCUGGCUGGUUUCAACAGUGAGGUCACUGUCCCCCCGGGUGUGACCCUGGAGGCCAUGUCUGGAUACUCUACGGCGCCUCUCCUUGACGGCCGAGUCGUGGGACUGCAUUUCCUAAA